CAGAUAAGCAGAUGCAGAUCGAUUAGAUCGUUUUACUAUAAUUAUAUUGUAGUAUUACACUAUUAAAUACAUACUUUUAUUUUUCACAUACGCAUUUUUUGUACGCCCUACAUCUUAAAAACUAUUUGAUAAUCUUCCUUAACAACAUAGCUUAACGAUUUCCACUACAUAUGGAUAACUCCACUAAAUCAGAGACGUUGCUGGACCAUGCAAGUAUUAGUAUCACAGAAGCUGAUAAGCGUAUGAAUUCAGCGUUGAGCCUUAAAGAAUACUAUACUGUGUACAUCAUUGAAACAAAAAUUGACAGCGAGACAUGGGCUGAAACAAAAGGAAUACAAAAGUUGUCAUUGGCAACCCGUCGAUAUACUGACUUUGUGACACUUCACAACCACUUGGGAGAUAAAUAUCCUUGGGUUGUCAUACCGCCUCUUCCAGAAAAAAAACAGUCUUUUAUGUGGAACAGUGAAGCUGUGUCUGAUACUAUGGACCCAGAUUUUGUUGAUAGAAGACGUGCAGGACUAGAGAGUUUUCUAAAGAGAAUAGCUAGCCAUUCUGAAAUAGGUUAUGACGAAUGUUUUCUCAAAUUUCUUGGCGAAUGUGAUAAUUGGAUGGAUCUAUCAAAAUCACAUAACAACAUUUUAAAAGAUACAGAGCUUACAAUUAAAACAAUGAAUGCAUCAUUGAGGAGUAGAAAUUCAGAUAAACGGUUUGAAGCAAUUAAAACAUACAGCAAUAAAUUACAGGGUUCUAUAAAUAAGAUAUUAACAUAUCGAGCAAAACAAGCAGAGCGACUUUACAACGUGGACAUGAUUCAUUUGCACUAUGGUAGAAUUUUCAGUGAACUCAGUGCUGUAGACAAUGAUAUUGGUGAUGCAGUUCAGAGAACAGGCCAUUAUAUGGACUCAAUUGCUUCAGCUAUAAGUCCAGCGUUGGAAGAUGAAGAGGUUAUUAUGGACCAAUUAAAAGAGUACUUGGCUUUUACAAAUUCCUUGCACACUUUUGUAAAAAAUCAUGAUUUACUACAUUACAACUUAAAUCAAUUGAAUAAUAUGCCAAAUAAUAAAGAAACUAGUGGAAUUAUGUCCAGACUCUUUGGUUAUACUGCAGCUACAGCUGAUCGUGAUACAGCAGCAAUAGAAGCUUUUGAAAAUAAAAAAUUAGAGGCAAAAGCAAAUUAUUCUGAGUUUGUUGAUAAAUCAUUAGAAAAUUAUAAAGAAUUUGAAAGACAAAAAGACUUAGAUCUUAUGAACAUUCUUAAAGAUUAUGUAGCAUUCCAAACUAAGUAUGCUCAAAAGGGRCUACAAACAUGGAAAAAUAUAUUACACAGCAUACAAAGUAUUGAAUAAACCAUUGCAACAUAUCAUCAAUAUUUAAGUCAAUUAUUAAUCCAUUUAAUUCAUUGUUGUGUACCUCAACAGUCAUUUUUAUGUUAAUUUAAUACUGGGUCAUUCCAAUAUUGUUGAGAAUAAUAGUUUACUUAAAUCUGUGAAUGUUACUUAAGAAUCACUGAAACAAAUUUUAAGUAGGCGUUGUUCUAAUUCAUUAUAUUGUUAUUUAUUUUAUAGUUAAACCAUAUAACCAUUAAAAAUUCAUCAAAGCACAUCAUUUUUAUCAAAUUACAUUUUUUAUGCAAUACGUUAGCUAAUAAAACACUUGUUAUUUAUAUGUAUAUAGUAAUUUUAGAACCUUAAUGUGCCUAACUGAGAUUGUUAAAAACUAAAAAUGUGUA